AUGUUAAAGAGUCAGUUCGGACAGGGGAAGAAGCCUCUAGAUACGUUUUUCUGGGUAAACGAGAUAACUAGAGAAAUCACCUACCCCCCGCUGAGGGCAGACGCACCCGCAGCUUCUCCAGCCCCGGUAGAGAAGCCAGGAGAGAGACCCAGAUCUCAGCACGGGAGCGUGCAGGGAGGUCCUCCCGGCGCCCAGGGCCAGCCAGCACACGCGCAGAAGGCCGCCCCUCCACCCCGUCCCAGGGCUUCACUGGAAGAGAUUGGCUCCCGAAACUCCGUCCCAGCUACGCCGACCCAUCUCCCGGCCAAAGCUGGAGCCCGGAGCCCCACGCUGUUCUCAGCAAUUCCUGUCACCAUCUCACCGCCAGGAGGCGCUCCGCCGCCAUUCGGCCCCCUUGGGCUAGCGCCUCUGUCACAAGCCUCUACCCUUCCUCCCAGCCCUUCUGCCCCCUGCGCCUUCACCUGCAAGCUGAAAAACGUCCUUACUGGGAAUAACCGAUUUUCCUUUUGA